UCACGUAGCACGUGACAGAUCACGUGAAUGGUGUUUUAUGUUUCGUUAGAGAUGAGAAUAUCAGGAGAUGGAAGUUUUCCAACAGUUUGUAAUUGUAUUUGGUGUAUUAGCUUAUUUGAAAAUUUAUGACGCUAAUAAUUUGGUCGAGUUAAAAAUUUUCUAUAGCAGUGAAGACGAAUUAUACAUCUCAAACGCACACUACGAUGUUAAAAGAGACAAACUCCAGACCUACGGUCGAAAACCAAAGUUUUCUGUCGUCUGGAAUAUUCCUAGCGAUAAAUGUCAUAGUUUUGGCUGUUUUUUAAAUCUUAGUUAUUAUGAUAUUAUUUCGAAUUUAAAUGAAAAUUUCACUGGUAAUUCCAUUAAUAUAUUUUAUAAUAUUGGUUUAUUUCCAUAUAUCGACGACAACAAUCAAUGGUUCAAUGGAGGUCUUCCUCAAUUAGGGAACUUAACCCAUCACCUGGAGAUAGUGAAAAGAGAUGUGGAAGAAACAAUUCCUAAACGAGACUUUUGUGGUCUUGGUAUCAUUGAUCAAGAGAAAUGGCGACCUAUUUGGGAACGAGACUGGGACAGAAUGGAAGUUUACCGCUCAGAAUCAAGAAAACUAGUUCGUAAAGAACACCCAACAUGGAACCCAGAUGACAUUGAAAAAGAAGCCAAACGUCAGUUUGAAUUAUCUGCCAGAGCAUUUAUGGAAACGACACUACAAGUAAUAACGGCCUUAAGACCUUGGGGUUCGUGGGGCUACUAUAGUUUUCCAGAUUGUUAUAAUCACUAUCCAGGUCAGAGGGACUGCUCUGAAAAAGUAAAGGAAGAAAAUGACAGAUUAUCGUGGUUAUUUGAAGCAAGCAGGGCUCUUUAUCCAUCAAUCUACCUGUCACAUACAGGUAUGUCACCAGACGAAAGAGCACUGUACGUUUAUGGUCACCUUUCAGAGACUCGCCGCGUCAUGAAGUCUGUGAAACAUAAAAUUAGAGCAUAUCCUUACAUGAGAAUAUUUUACAGGGAUUAUGAUCGGGAGUACUGCUUGACAGACCUGUUCAACACCAUGGGACAAGCCUUCAAAUUCAAAAUGGAUGGUGUGGUUGUAUGGGAAAAACAGGCUGCAGUUUUAACUAAAUAUGGAUGUUUUCGACUUCAGCAUUAUGUUCAACAGUUCCUUGGCCCUUUGGCUAAAUACUUAAGUAGUCUCUAAUAAGUAUUGUGUACAAAAAUGUAUGUACAAAAAAAACACAUGUUGUUUCACUCCAUUUCAAAAUUCCCCAAUUCUGUCAUCUUGAAGAAGAACGUUCAGCUUCCUUGCAAUUCUUAACAAAUAGUCAAACUUAGAUUCAAGACUUUUCAAGCUGUAAUGAGUUUAUACUGAAGGAAACUUUAUUAUAAGUCUGGUUGUAGAGACACUUCAGCAUUCCAACAUCUGCUUUCACCAGUGCCGAAACAUCAUCCUGCAAAACGUUACUUCAGCCAAGCAGUUCAAACUUUUAAAUUCCUCUCCAGUGUUAAUAGUGGCAACUUUCAUGUAUAAUAUCACCAAAUAAAGCAUGUUUGAAUUUAUACGACAA